AGGGUAUUCACCUUAACCUUUAUCCCUAUAUCGAAACCUAAACAAAUGAUUUUGAAGUCAUACUUUCUUAGCAGCUUAUUACUGUUCAACGAUAUUGUACAAAAUUUUAUUGCUGCUACUGAUACGUUGGGAACAUCGUUGUUUCAAUGUCCAAAUGGAUAUUUUUUGUCCAAAUUUAAUACCGCAUUUGACGGCACAGAACGGUACUAUAAAUUCUCCUGUACCAAAUUUGCAGUCAUUAGUUCGAUUGACGAGGUAUGUACCAUGUCUGAUGCUGCUUCAACAAUAGAUGAAGAUAUCUAUAUGAGUUGCGGUAGUGAACAAUAUACAGCUGGAAUUGAAAUACUAGAAGAUCCUACAGAUGGUUCAACAACAUGGCAACUGUUAUGCUGUAACAGCGAUUCUAUUCAAUUACGGAACAGUGAUUGCAUUGAUACAAAAUUUAUCAAUGAUCUUCGACGUCCAUCUUCCUUUUCCAGUGGUUCACAGAUAAUUCGAAAAUGGCAAGCAAUGACAGAAAAUAACGAUCUACGUUGGUGGUUACAGUUAUGUCCUGUAGAUGUUACUGAAACGAAACGAACAGAUGAAAAAUCACAGCCGAUUCGUGCUCGACGACAUCUGCCUCGAGCUUGGAGUCGAGGUCGAUUUGCACCUCUGGAAUAUUUUCCUGCUUAUAUGGGUCAUUCCGAACCUCUUGUAAAUGAAGAGAAAUUUUUUAAUCAGAAACGAAUGAAACUGAUUGAAAAAACAAAUCAAAUACAGAACAGCUUUGAAGACGAUAUAGAUGAUAAACCAGCUUUUAUCACAGAACCACCAACAACAGUACGAAAGGAAUCUAAAGAGCCAAAUAAUCGAGAAGAUACAGCAUUGGAUUAUUAUGAUACUUAUGACGACAACUUUGAUCGGGCAAAACAUGAAGGAAAAGGAGGGUUCUUAAGUGGUGUCUCUGAUCUCUUACAAAAUCUUCAGGAUGGAAUAUCCUUAGCUCAAGCGGUAAUGCCUAAUAACAAUCCUCAAAAUUUUGCCACUAAGAGUACCACAGCUCCAUUACCAUCGUUGAUGUUGAGUCGAGAUGAUAAUGCACUAACAAUUGGUGUACAAGACGGUGGACCAAAUAAACGUUUUGAUUCAAUUAUCAAAUUACAAAAGAUCGGACCAAAUCCACCUCGGCCAACUGGAUCAGAGCAGACAACAACACCGGUCACAACAUUAAAGUUAGGCGAUCCUUCUGCUAUUCAACAGAUGUUACAAUUCUUUGGACUAUGUAAGGGUCAUGAAUUGUAA